CUCAUCAUCCCCCCGGUCGCCGCUUCCGACACCGGUUUGUGCUUGCACACUCCAAGCCAGGAAUGGCACGGGAUUCUCCAUCCACCAUCCUUGCGCAAGGUUAAAUUUUUGGAAGGGAGUCCGGUUUCCAGCCCCCAAUUUUUGUUGCCCACCACUCAGCCCUUUAGUUAAGCGUCCAGCCCACCUACAAACUAGGGGCCUCAAAGGGGCUCAUCGAUGGAACUGUUGACUGUUGCCUUUCAAAGAUCGUCGGGCCGACGAUCUUUGAGGGUAACCGAUGUGUUCGGGAUACAUCACAGAUCAGAUCUUGAAAUUUUCAAGGCAUUCCGUGCCGAAAUGGCUAAGAAAUAGAGGAAUUAGUGCCAGUUAGAGAGCCCCAGUUUGUACGUGGGCUGGACGCUUUAGUCAUACCCAGAUAGAAGGGAACAUUACGGAAAGGUUGGAAGCGCUUCUUGCCGCGGCAUUGCCGUGAAAGCAUUUUCAACGAAACAUUAUAAAAACGUUUCGGCAACAUUUCCUUAAAAAGUAUACAGGUGGUCACUUAUGAAGGAAAGCCUCCGACAAGGUUACCGUAAUGAUAAUUAAAUAAGAAUUUCGGAAAUGUUUAUAAAAACUCAUUUCGGAAACCUUGACGUAAAAUGUUUUCCAGGUGGCUUGUUUAAAAUACAUUUCUGAAACGUUUUCGCAGAAGUGAAGUCAGGCUUUACCUCCUGGGAAACGGUUUCACAACAUUACCGAAAAGUUACUAACACAGUGUUACAGACAGCUAAUUUUGUAAACGGUUUCGACAAACCUUCUUCAAGGAAGAAUUGCCACAAGGGUUGUAAAACUAAGGUUACCGAAACCUUUUCAAACAAAUGUUCAUCGGUGAUGGUUUCUUACACAACCUUUAGGCAAAGCAUCCGUAAUGAAUGGCAUUCAAGGGUUCCGGAAACGUUACGUUACAACAGUUGCCUCAACUUUAUAGAAAAAUGUAUUACGUCCCAAGUAGCCACGGUUCCAACAUGUUGGAAAAACAUCGUAAGAAAGUCACAACUUUGUGGCAAAAAUUUUGUUCCAACUUUGUUGUAACAUUGUGGGAAGAAAGUUGGAAUAAAGUUGCAUCAAUAUUGCAACAUCUUGCAGUUCAUUUUGAGGAGAGUUCCGAUCUUUGCAUCAUACGACCAGCAAAUGAGCGAUAAACCUACGUUGGUGCUUCUAUUAUAUUUUACAGACUGUUUAAGUAAGCCCUUCGAUAUUCACUCAGUACCCCUCAAAAAGUUUCAACAUUCUUGCAACUAAGUUGCUGCUGUUUUGCCGUUGAUGAUUAACGCGUCGCGGGGAGGGGAGGCAUGUGUGCGCGCGCAUGCGGCAUCGUCCACUGUCGACCGUGUAUCGCCAUCCUAUUGGUCAAUUGGUCCGCCAUGUUGAGAAAGACGCUCCCAACGCUCCAGAUCCAGAAUCCUUCAACAAGUGUCAGCCUGUUUUGGUGCUUUCGUGCGUGCUCGUGAUAAUGUUUCUAUAUCAAAGUUCUGGCUGGAUUUAUUGGUUUUAUCGAGAAGUGUAAUUUUGUUAUGUGGGUGUUCGCGUCUUCAACCAGUGAUUGACUUCAAUAAUGUGGACCCUAAUUUUCAAAGUCGAGUGUGAUGAAUACGACUCGGUUCCCAACAAGUGGAUCCUAAAUGAUGGACUGGCUAAAUAUCCAGUAGACGCCACAGCAACAGAAAUCAAAACUUUAGCAAAAGGAGGAAAUGACAUCAAAACCUUUGAACCAAUUCCUGUACAAAUCAUCAAAGAAUAUGACACCUACGAGAAGUGCAACACCAAUGCCUGGCGUUUAAAUAGUCACCGCAAGGUGCUUUCGGAGUCCGAACAGGAAUCAAAAGGAAGAGGUCAACGCAUAAAAAAGAGGAAACACCUCUCAUCUGACGAUAACGAUGAAUCAGAGGAAGAAACCCAACCGAAAGUGUCCAAGAAGAAAAAAUCAUCCUCGAAAUCUCAAAAGCGUGAGGAAAUGCGCGAAAAAUUGACAGAAUUUGCCAAAGGUCUGAAAAAGACCGAGUUACCCACGCCCCCUGAUAAUCGUCCUAAAACCUCAAAACCUAGCUCCUGUACUGAAGAAUUUCAUCAAUCAACCAUCGCUUCAGCAUCCUCUUCGAAAGAUUCCGCCAAGAAUUUUUUAAUUGUAGAUGAAGGUGGUCCAGAGGCCUUAGAUACGCCUUCCCCUCUUAAAAGACUAGCUGCAUCGCCCCACGACACAGGCAAGCCCUCUCCUAUCAACCGCAAAUCUCCAAACAAAUCACAGUGUCAAGAGUCCGUGAAGAAGCAACUCUUUACAGAAAAAGAAGCCCCGAAGAAAGCGAAAUGUAACAUUGGGAAGAAAGUUAAACACACAUGCGGCUUCUUGCUGCAGUGUCCGCGAGAUGAGGCGGUGCUGCACAUUUUAUGCAAACUCUCUGAAGGAGUCAUUCUCAUGCUUAGCGGAGAGUGAUGUUAAAGGCACAGCUGCAGCAAUAAUGAGGAAAUUGAUGACAGAUGAACUUGCAAACAAUUUUUGCCUCGGCAAAGCUCCAAAUAAAUUGAAAUUUGAAAGUUAUAUAAUUCUCUAUUUGAUUAUUGGUACGUAAACUUGAUUUUUUAAGCCUCUAUUAUCAAUUCCAUUUAUUGUCUGCUUCUCAAAAUUUGUGGACAUUUUGACAGUAUUGUCCUAUUUUUGCUUUUUCAAUUCUAGUUUCUUUCUAAGAGGGUUAUUGCCGUAUCCUUCAGUAAAUUCCUGUAUAAGCUUCACUUGGGUCUGAUCGCCUUCAGAAACAUGUUGUCAUCUCGCAAAUGGUACAAUUGGAGCUCAGAAUAAUGUGAAGCUAUUUCAAGGGGAAAGAUACCUCAUUGUAUUCUCCCAGCAAAAUGUAAAAUUUUGAAACUAAAAUUUAAAAAUUAGGCUACACUUCAUGCUGUUCCCCACUCCUAUAAAUGCUUGUUGAUCUUGUAGGUUAUGGCCAUCUCGUUAAUCUUUUGCCGUGUUAUGUAAUUAUCUUUCAUCUUAAUAAAACUUAGGUUUAAUUAA